CGGCUCGACUCCAAGGUCUCUACAUACGCAGGGGGUAGAUAGUCGACGUGGGAACGUCGCCACGCGUCUGCCGGCGAUGCUAUUCAUGACUUACACCACUCGCGAAGGAACCUGAACCCAGCAUAACAGGCAGCGUAAUAAGGGGCUACUCUUUGAAUCUGUUUGAAAGGUCCAGAGGCUUUACUCCGUUCGCGUAACAACUCAUUUUGAGGUUUUCGAAUAUGUCGUCCGACCUUCUCGCCGAAUUCGACAGCUUCUACAGAGCUCCCCAAGAUACUCCGUCGACCUCUACCCCGGGGUUGAAUGAACUUUCAUUCUUAGGCAAUACGAGUCACGAUGGGCACAUGGGAUAUGGCGAUGGCUUUCCAAAGAGCCAGCCUCCUACAACGCAGCCGGCUGAUGAUAUAUGGGGAGACAUGACCAGCUUCCAGCAAGCCACACCGCAGAAGCCCACUGCACCUCGAGACGACAUAUGGGGCGCAUUUGGGGCAUUCCCAGAGCAGAGCAAGGCACCGCUGCCAGGGCUGAAUACAAAUCAAGCCUAUUAUGGCCAGACGGCUUCAGGGCCGACGCAGAACAAGCCAAGGAUCAUAAGGAGAUCGACCCUCGACUUGUUUUCGGGUAAUACAAAUGACUUGGAACAUUCUUCUCCAUAUAGAACCACGACAAAAGCUCCGUAUCAAGCCCCUCCUCUGCCUAAACCAGCACUGGCCCGAAAAUCUUCAUCUGGUGGAGAAAUCUUGUUUGAUGCUGAUGAGGUAUCUAAUGAUCCCGAAGAAGAUGAUGAAUUUGGUGAUUUUGAGACUGCGACUUCGAAAGAGCCCUCCUCUCAACCGCAACAAUCCCAAUCAUUGAAUGACCUAUUUGGCGCAACUACAUUGAGCUCGAAGUCAUCAAAAAGACCUUCGGACUUGUUAAGAGCAUCAACGACCCUGACUUCGAAUGUCCUGCCGUAUCCGCAAGCUCCCAAAUCCCCAUCCUUCCAAGAAAGGAACCCCUUCGCUGAGCUUGGGUUGGCUACAAAGCAAUUAUCUUCAAUCAAAGGCGAAGAUAAACUAAAGUCAGCGUCCCCUGUCACUGCAUGGCCAACAUUCGAGCCCGCUGUUCCAAAACCUGAUAUCUACCGAGACUCGCCGGUCUCAACUGCUCAAGAUGAAGAGGAAUGGGGUGAUUUCGCAGAUCUGCCUCCAGAAACACCGGCAGUGGUCAAUGCCAAGGCGGCCUCUGGCAUUGAAGCCGAUGCUUGGGCAUGGGACGCUGCAGAUCAGGUCACGGAAGCCGCUCGGCCUGUAGAGAUGACACCUCCAACAAACAUUCCUCCACCAUCCGUCUUGCUUGCAUUAUUCCCGCCGCUGUUUGACCUCCCACAAUCAACACUCUUCAAAGCUGUUGCCAAUCAAACAUUUUCUUUGAAAAAUCGAAUCAUCUCUGACCCCGCAACAGUGGAAUUUUUGCGGGCCUACCUUCUCAUUGCUGUAGUGGCAGCAAGGCUUAUUGCAGGUCGGAAACUACGCUGGAAGCGAGAUACUUUGCUCUCGCAAGCCAUGAAGAUCGGGCCCGCUGUAGCUGGCGGAAAAGGGGGGAUGAAGCUGGCAGGUGUUGAUAAAGCCGAAGUUACCCGAGAAGACAGAGAAGCUGCAGAUGUUGUGAGGGUAUGGAGGGAGCAAUUAGGUCGAUUACGAUCAGCAAUUGCUGUUGCGAACUCGAGCAUCAAAGAUACUUCAGUCCAUUUGGUUAUACCCGAGAUAAAUGAAGCCAUGCAUGUAAAAACACAAGAAGGAUCUUUGGUAGCGCCCAAACCAUGUAUCAUUUGCGGGCUGAAGAGAGAGGAAAGAGUCAGCAAAGUUGAUGUUCAGGUAGAAGAUAGCUUUGGGGAGUGGUGGGUGGAACAUUGGGGGCAUCGAGCAUGCCGGAAUUUCUGGCUAGAGCACGAGUCAAAGUUGAGGCAUCGUUGAAGCCGCUGGACGAUAGUGCUCGGCUUGUCUGCUUUGAAAUUUUAGAGACUUUUUGAAGCCAUUUUCGAAUGUCUCAAGAUGAUUCAAACAAUGAAAGAAGUGGCACAGCAUGUCAAGUGUUCAAAAACCUACCCUGAUUCCGAACGAAACUUCUGUCCUAAUUCUUUACUGUUGCUGAACAAAGCCUUUCAGUGAUUAUUUCAGAGCCAUAGUUAUCGUCUCCAUCGAAAUCUCGACGCAAAGAGUCAUCAUCCACUGCUGCCAUAAUCGUUCCGCUAGGAAUAUUUUCCUCUCUUCAAGCAAUCAGCGAACUUAGUACGGUAUCUACAAAGCCAUGCCAACUCACGAAUAUCAAGCAAGAUGUGCCACCACCAAAACACCAUCUACAGCUGCGGUUAUUUCUACGAGAAAUUCUUGGAUAAGCCACGUCGUCGAGUCAAGACGGGAAGCGCUGCUUGGGAUAUGAGGAGCAUGAGGA